UCAGCGAGUCUGCCCGGAGAUGACCGGAGGCAGCUGUGAACUGGAUGCCCAAGCCCUCCGCAGCACCGCUCCCCUGCCCCUAAAUCUGGGUAGAGAAUUCAAUUCGUUAUCAGUUUAAUUCCACAAACAUUCAUUAAGCACUCACUCUGGGUGGGGCACUGUGUAUAUGAUGUGUUUGUAUGUUGCCUCCCCGAUUAGUCUAUGAGCUCCUUGAGAGCCAAGACUGCUUGCCUUUCUUUGGAUCCCCAGCGAUCAGCACAAGGCCUGGCUGCUAGCACCUAGUCGUCAAUGCUAAUUAAUUGACUGGUGAAAUGUCUGAAAAGCUAAGAAGAUGCAGAAAGGAGCUGACAGCAGCCAUUGACCGUGCAUUUGAGGGCAUCAGCCAUUCUCAAGAGUGCCCAAGUCAGCAAAAACCAGACUUGGACACUUCACCUUCUUCCUUCACUAUUCAGAUGAACAAACUCCUUUGCAGGCAAUAUCCUUCCACCACUUCCUAUGUUGGUCAGUUUGCUCCUGUUUCCUGUGCUCCUGAAAAUGAGAACCCUGUCUUUGUACCAAACCAUAUCCCAGUAAAUAUGAAGCCACAUACUUUAUGCCCUAAAAGAAAACCUUUGACCAGCAAGGAAAAUGUGUUGAUACAUUCCUCGAUUGUUGUACCUGAAAGGCAGUUUCUGAGAGCCACUGGAGAAGGGGAAAGUUGGAGAAAAGAAAGUUUAAGGAAAGAUGUGGAUAGAUAUUUGAAAGUUGAAGCCAACGUUCCUCUCAACAAUUCCAAUCAAGAAAUCACAAAGGAUCUACUUGAUAUGAUUGACCACACAAGCAUCCGAACUAUUGAAGAAUUGGCUGGAAAGCUAGAAUUUGAAAAUGAGUUAAACCGGGUUUGCAGUCGCUCAGAAGAUUCCCCCUUUAAAGAGGAAGUCCUGGCCCUCUUCAUGGAUGAGAGCCCACACAAGGCCACAGAAGCAGAAGCAAGUUGCCUAAAGCCAACUUUUGAUGACCAGAAUAUCAUAGAAACCGUCCUGGAUUUGGAGGAGGACUAUAAUUUGAUGACCUCUUUUAAAUACCAUAUUAAGUAAGAGUAGUUCAUUUUAGCUUUAGUUUUUUUCCCUUAAUUUUUGUAGUACUUAGUCAGUACUAGCUGGGAAGGCGGUAGCUCAGGAAUGCACAAGGGCUUCUGACAACCAGCUCCUUAAAAGAAUGUCCCAGACUCUGUCAUGUGAGUUCCUGCACCUUUUCUUUCCCAGAUCUUGCCAUCCCUAUCCUUCUUCUACCCAAGUUUAGUUUUUAUAUUUCUUUUUCAGGAGUGUUUUCCUUACUCUUGGUUUUGCUUACUUUCCUCGACACCUUAAAUCUGUUUCCUAAUUGAUUACAGAUAUAACCAGUGCUCAAUGGCCUGUGAGCUGGUCAUCUCCCAGUUUGCUGCAUCCCUAGCGAGCCUGGUGCCCACUUAGCAUCAUAACAUUUAGAGCUGGAGAGACUUGAGAGUAUUAGUCUAACCUCAUUUAGAGUUGAGGAAACUGAGGUCCUGCCUUCCUCGGAGAUCAGCACUCUGACAAGAAAGUUCAACGGUGGUCUGAGAUUUAGCGUGUCUUCCCAGUGGUGAUGUGUCCACUGUUCUGGGCCUAGAGAGGAGGGCGCCCCCCCCAAAGGGCACAGAGAGCUCAGGACAGGAAGCGGAGCAAUUCCUGCUUUCUUAGGUGGGGAGGAAACCCCCUAGUCUGGAGUGUGAGCAGACGGGACGGUGGCUGAGAGAACCUUUCCCAAGACAGCCCCUGUCAGUAAGAGCCCUGCUGCGCAUCCAGCUCCUCAUCCCAUCCCCUCUGUUCCCUGUCCCUGGGGCUUACUGAGUCAGUCCUGUCCUGGUGCAUUGGGGGAAGGGAAAGGAGGCUGCCCAGAACCCACAUACCACCCCUACACCAUAGACUGUUAGACUGUUAGAAUCAUAGCACAGAGUGCUGGAAGAGGCUAAUUGAACCCUGAGAUGUCAGGUGACUUGCCCAAGGUCACAGAGGUACCAAGUAGGACAGAAUGUAAGCCCAGAACCUCCUCCUUUAUUCCAUGCUUCCAUUCUUCCUAGACCUAGGUCUUCCUCAUCAGUGGCUCCAUCCUGGCAGCGUGCUUUCUUCAGUGCCCAAAUUCCCAUUAGGUCAUCUCUCCUGUAUGAAAAAGGAGACAGACUUUAAGAAUAAAAGGAUUG